GUCACCAAAAAAACCUCUGUGGCCUGCGCUCUCAUCGGUCUAUGCAAUCUGUGCGGUCUUUCCGUCUAUCUACAGGGUCUGUCCGAAGGAAUCAAACCACGAGAUAGGACAAAAAAAUGGAAAUGGAUUUCAAUAAAAUUUGUCGACUCUGCUGUAAACAAAAAGAUGAUAUGCGGUUCAUUCGUGAAGUAAACAAAAUAUCUCUGGAAAACAUAUUCACCGAAGUCUUAAGAUUAGAGAUAUUUGAUAAUGAUGGCCUCCCUCCAAGAAUUUGUGAGUUUUGCAUUUCUACGUUAGCUGAAAUGAAUGAAACAAUCGAAUGCUAUCGCAAUAAUGAUAAAAAGUUACGAGCUCAGCUAAAAGGAUUUUCAGAAAUCUAUGUAAAGGAAGAGUUGAUCGACACUGACGAGGAGCAGCAGACAUCUGGUCAACAAUUGUGUGAAGCAAUCAUUGAAGAAUCAACAUUCACAAUUAAAGACGAGGAACAGGAUAAUAUUGCUGAUGUUGGACUUACCCAAUCCGAUAAUGAAACAAUUGAUGAAGAAUGGCUCUCUGAAUAUGAGAAUCAAAGAAAUGUAACAAAUGAAAAAUCUGUUUCUGGCAAUCGUCACUCUGAUUCUAAGCCAAAAAAAAGAAACAAGAAUAAAAUAAGAGUAAAAGGCCGAAUGGGUCGUCCUAGAACCCGUUUUGAAAAUCCAAAUAGACCACGUCCUAACGAUUUCAAAUGCUAUAUAUGUAAAAGUGAUUCUAUGGGUACACCGGAAGCGUUGCGAGCGCAUUUGGAAGUUCACUUAGAUCAGUUGCCUUACACAUGCGCGGUUUGUGUAGCAGAAAAAAUUGUCAUCAAUAGCAUAACCACUAUGAAUAUUCACAAAAGGAUGCACGAAAAUCCGUAUAAGUGUCCGCAUUGUGAUCGAUGUUACUCUAAUAAGCGAGCUGUUGAUGGACACAUACAGACAUACCAUUUAGGAGAAAAUGCUCCUUCUCCUUCCACAUGUGACAAGUGUGGCAAGGUUUGCCGGUCUUUAACAUCAUUGAAAUAUCACAAAAGACUUCACUCUUCUGCGUGCGCUUGUGAGUUAUGUGGUAAACUUUUUGUCGAUAGACACAAACUUGGACGACAUAUUGAGCGAAAGCAUGAUAAGCUAAAAAAGUAUGAAUGCCAGAUUUGUCAUAAAAAAUUGUGUUCUAUGGAUGCGAUCCAGGCGCAUUUUAAGACGAUACAUUCAACCAAAGAAGUAAAUUGCGAAUAUUGUGGUAAAAGAUAUCCUUCAGAAUUAUCUCUUCGGUAUCAUUUAAAAAAACAUGAACAAGAUCCUAAUUCGAAAUUUUCGAGCGAUUGGAAAAAUUAUUAUACUGAAGUAAUUACUGGUGACAAUCCUAAGCCAUCCAAAAAGUGUAACUUGUGCGGAGCGGUUGUGAAAGCCAUUUCACCACAUAUGCGGUCGGUGCAUUUUCCUAAAGAAUACCGCUGUAACCUCUGUGAGGCGGUUUAUAAAUCUAAAGGAACUUAUGAUGCUCAUGUUAUGGAGCAUAAAUUUGGAAAAGCAUACCGCUGCCCAAUAUGUGGUAAAGAAUUUUCAGAAAAAAAAAAUUUGAUUUCUCAUCUUAAAACAAAAAAACAUCGGGAUCAUCCAUUAGCUAAAUCACUUGAUUGGUUGGAUAUGAAAAGGGAGGCCGGUAUCAAUCUAAGCAGACGUAAUCCCGAGGAGCCAAAAUCCGCUGAAAGCGAUGAAGAUGCAUCAAUAGAACAGGUCCCAAAUCAAUCUCUAGUAUAGUAGAAAUUCUGUUUACGAUAUUUUUUUUUAUCCAUAAUAUAUAA